ACAUUUGCUUUCAGUUAAAGCCCUAGUCUUCCCCUCUCUUUAAUCAAAGCAAAAAUCAAAUUUAUCGUUCAGUUAUAAUGCCGCGACACAGAACUCUGGUGGAGAUUGAGCGGCGCAUCAUGAAGCGCUUCGAACAGCUCGACCUGGAUGUGGAGGAGGAGUUCAUAGUCUUCGUGGUGCAUCUGCUGGUCCGCGACUUGCGGCGGGGUCUGCACAAGAGCGACCUGGACAAGCAGAAUGCCUGCGCCAUCAUCAGAUUCGUGGAUGGAAUUGUAGACAGCUAUGUGAGUCCGGUGGACUGCACCAUGGCCAACAUGAAGAUGUCGUGGGUGAUGAAGAAGGGUCGGGGCAUCGACUUGCAGUACGUUAAGGAGCAGUACGAGGAGACCUUCCUCAACGAACUGAAGCUGCUCAUCGACGACAUACUCCAGUACCCGGAGAGCUGCAGCAAGACGCAGCUGGAUCAGCUCUUUGCCAAGAUGCAGGUCUUCAUCGUGGCCUGCUACAACCUGGGCUGUCCCAAGAACCACGUGCUGCUCAAGCUGACCGCUCAGGCCCUACACAGCGUGAUCGGGCGCAGCGACCUGCAAAAUUAUGUGCUGAAGAAGAAGUACCAUCGACUGGAGUACCUGCAGCGACUGGCGGCCACCGUGGCCGGAAUAGUCAUCUAUAACAACGAUGGGACGGAUGGGGACCGGGAGAAUGUGAGAUUUGUCGUUGGCGACCUGGAGAUGGCGCAGACGAACACAAGCUCGGCCUUCCAACUGUCCCUGGAUGAAGCGGCCAAAAUGCAAUCGCUUUGUCAAACGGCCAUCGAUAGGUUGAUUCAGCUGGAUCCCAAGGACACGACGAUGACCUAUCGAGUGCCCCUGGAGCACUUGCAGCGCCUCAAUCAGUUCACCCUCACCUACGCCAUGCUGCAGCGCUGCCUGGGCGCAUUGCAUCGCAGCUAUGAGAGCACCGUCUACCUCAUUGAGGUGGAGCGAAAGCGGUACGACUGUGUGGUGGCAAAGAUAAAUGGCACGCUGGCCAUGCGCACGGCCAUCGACUCGGAGCUGAUAUUCCCCCACUUUGUGUACAUCUCGCAGGUGUGGAGCAACCUGAAUAACUUCCUCAACCACGUUGUCGAGCUAAACAAGUUGCGGGAGCGACUGGAACUGCUGGUGGGCCCGCAGAUAAAGGAGCUGGCGGAGGCCACAAUUGUCGAGCUCCAGGCGUUGGACAAACGCAUCAAGGAGCCGCAGAAAACAAACUUUCUUGAUCGCAUGGCCGUCAUGACGGACUUCCACACGGAUGGCAACUUUUGCAGCUUGGCUCAGGCGGAUAUCAAGGAUUUUUGUGCCCUCACCAUGACCAUAACGAACGGGCUGCUGUUGCCGGCAAAGGUGACGCGGCAGCUCUGCAUGAACGUGAAGAUAACAUUCGGGCUGAGGGAUCACAUGUACGCCCGCUUCACGGAGCUCUUCUUCGAGCAGUUUAUACCCGCCUUCAGGAAGGUGAUCUUCAAUAGCGCCAAUCUGGCGUUGCUCUUUAAGCUGGACGAAGCGCUAAUAUCCCAAGAGCUGCAGGACCUGGUGGAGGAGCCGCCGAAGCGACGAGACUUCGCAGGUCAAACCGAAAUGGUGGUCACCAACGACUUGUCGGCCCCGAACUGGAUAAAUGUGACAUGGAAUGCGUGGGACUACCACCGCGAGACGAUCCACAUGGCAGAGCUGCGCAAGCGACAGACCUGCGACACACAGACCAAGAUCAGUUAUGGCCAGCGGCAUGCCCAGAACCAGACCUACAACACACGCCAGCACAAAUGAUAGAAGCUUCUGCACUCACCGGCAUUGGGCUUGGUCACAUCGAAGAGGCACAGCUUGCGGUUCACCACGAAAUAGAUGUAGUUUUCCUGCCACACCAAACUGUAGACUUCCUUCUUCUGGGGCCCUUGAAUGGUUCUCUUCACCCUCAUGCUCUCCACGUCGAGAAUCACCACCUGUUGUUGGAACGUUGAUUAAUGUUUGUGUGAAAUAAAAUCAGAGUAAAAACUCA